ACUCUCCCACACUUAGUGCUAUGGCCUCAAUACUUACUGGCAAUGGACUGUCUCCAACACUGUGUGGCUGGGCUAUGCACCUCUGCCUCCCGGCGGACAAAGAUUGGGCGGCUGGGCCACUUUGGUGAAGGACUCGCGGAAACAGAUGGACGAGCGGAUAGUUUGUAUGUCCCAGAUCGCUUGGUUCUGGCAGAACACGGUGAACCAGGACCUAGCAACGGGAAGCUGGGUGCUUUGGCAAUGGCGAUUGGUUGUCGGCUUGCUGCAACUGAGGAGAGGAGGGACGUUUGUCUUGCAGUCUAUCAUGCCACAUGUGGCAUGCAUGCGGGGCCUUUGCUUGCAGAAGUUGCAGCAGACUUGAACAGCCCAGUACGCAAUGGUGUUGCAGCAAGAGCUGUGCCUACUGCAUUGGCAAAGCUUUCCCUGCGGCAAGCCAAUCAAGUACCACUUGAAGGAGUCGUAGCUGUUGUUGUGGCAGCUGGAGGAAAGCAGCUUUGUCCAAGCCUUUCUCUUGCAGAACGCGAAGUAAUGGCUUGGCACCUGAAACCCCAGGUCCCGGUCCAUUGCAUUUGGAUGUCAGACACUGGCUCUGGAAGUCGCUUGAGGAUGUGGUCCUCCACAGUGGCUGCGCUGUACCCAUUACCACGGCCAAGGCCAUUGGUCCAGCUGGAACUGGAUCAUCACAGGAAUCUGUACAAUGCUGUCCUGAAGGCUGCAGAAGCUGCAGCUGUCUCUGAUGGCAACCAUCAAGUGGCCUUGGGAGUGUUGUUCCAGUGCGGACAGAUUCGGACAUCGAGCAAGGAUGUCCCGGUGCGCCAUCCCCUUUGGGGCGAUUGCUUGGACCCAGAGCUCGUGCAGUUGGCAGAGUGCCUGGAUGUCAAAGCUGCUGGGCCAGAUCUCCCAAAGAUUCUUUUGCUCCUGGAUGCGCAGCGCAACCCAGUGGCGCCGCAGGCUCCGGCCAGAGAAUUUCUGAUGUGUCAUGGAUUGCACAACUUGCUCGUCCUCCUGUCCAAUGAGGCAGGAAAGGCCCACGAAGUGAGCUGUCGCCAGCUGACCGGAGCAUGGCCGGAUGCACCGGACGAAGAUUCGACAGGUGGAGAUGGUGCCGAAAAGUGCCACUGCAGCGAAUUCUGUGGAAGUGCCAAAGGGAAAGGGCAAGGGACACAUGCACUCAGUUAUGAGCAUCAGAAGCAUGCAAAAUAUUAA